CUCUAGUUCAUAUGCCGCGUUCAAAACAACAGGGAGCUCGGUCCGACGUCUGAGCGUUCAAACUAUUGGGAACUCGGGAAAAAAAACUAAAUCCGACUGGGAAAAAUCGAUUUGAACGGCCAUCCAACACAGAAUUCCUACUCGGGAACUCUGGCCUCUUUCUAGAGCUCCGACCUGAAAAUCACUGACUUCUUGAUUCGACAUCGUAUUUUUCCGAGUUCCUAGUUGUUUUGAAUGCGGCAUUAGUAUUGCUCAAUGCGUAAAGGACGGAAUGUGACGUCAUUAUAGAACUCCUGUGAACGGCGGGGUCGACUAUUCGGUAGAGUAAACUCAAAAACAUGGCAGAAAGUGACUGGGAUACCGUGACCAUACUGAGGAAGAAGGGACCAACUGUCGCACAGUCGAAGUCGAAACAGGCUGUUGCAGCAGCUCAAAGACGUGGAGAAGAACUUGAUACCACUAAGAAAUGGGCUGCAGGACAAAACAAACAGCACGUGAUCACCAAGAAUACAGCAAAGCUUGACAGAGAGACUGAAGAGCUUCAACACCAAAGAGUAUCUCUGGAGGUGGGCAAGGUCAUCCAACAAGGCCGGCAAAAUCAGGGCCUGACGCAGAAAGACCUGGCCACUAAAAUCAAUGAAAAACCACAGAUAAUUGGAGACUACGAAUCUGGAAAGGCUAUCCCCAAUAACCAAGUCAUGGGAAAGAUUGAAAGAGCAAUUGGACUGAAGUUGCGCGGGAAGGACAUUGGGAAACCCUUGGAGGCAGUCCCAAAGAAAAAGUGAAGGCAAUGCCUUGAAGCAGCUUAGCCUACUGUACUACCACCACAGCUGACAGCCUUGUCAAUUCUCUGGAGAGCUAGCACAUCUUAACCAGWUUAUUUAAUUAACUUGGGCUGCUACUUUCUUUUACUGCCCUGAUUCCAGUAAUGAAUGUCAAGCCUGUGGGACCUGAUUUAAACAAUAUUGCAUAACUAGAUACAAAUUUAUUGUGGUUUUGUUUUGCAUCUGGCUUUCAGCAAACCACAAGAAGAGAAUUGAUUUUACUGAAUGGUUUUAAUGUCUACAAAACUAUAUUCUAUACUCCCUAAGGUCUGUCUCCAUGCACGUUCUGUGGUCAUUCCCUUUCAACUAGACAUGGAUAAGUUUGGCAUUUUGGCUAAAAUGUUUUAUUGUAGUGUAUGGUUUUCAAACAUUUAUGCAAGAAUGCUGCUUUCAUGGGCUGGUCUCUCCUGAAAAAGUGAUUUAUUAAAUCUCAAGGGCCUAAAGUUAAACUAAAUAAUGAAAUAUGGUAUAUGGAACCAUUGUGUCUUAAUCAAUCAUUCUACUUAGAUUGAUUUUUGGACACAAUGUUGCCAUAAGCAGUACCAAAAACUUUAGCUGUAUGUCCACCAGAUGCACAUUUGUUUUUCCAUAUGUUGUUUUUGCCGGAUGUGUAGCCUGCAUUUUCCGUACUAGAUGCACAUGUGCUUCGCAAGGCUGCAGAACGGUUUGCAGCAUGGAGAAGAUCAUUUUUGCCCUGAUCGACCAAAGCAAAUGAUUAUAACAGAUUAAAGUUAUUCUCCUAUUGAACUACUGGUUACAUAGGCUGGGUGAGAUACUAACAGACUGGUGCGCAUUACAACAAUUCAUCAUUACUGAACAAAAAUAAACAUAACAUGAAACAAUUUAA